AUGAAUAACGAAAUAAAACAAUCAAGAUUAAGAGCAUGUUUAAAUUGUGCAAUAAUUUUACAGACAAGUGAGUUUAGAAAAAACGGAUGUCCAAAUUGUAAAUUCUUACAAACGGAAUAUAAAACUAACUAUCAAUCUACCACAUCAACAUCAUUUACAGGUCAAAUUUGUUACAAAGACACAAAUAAAAGUUGGGUAGCUAAAUGGCAAAGAAAUCAAGGAAAUAUAAGUGGUUACUAUGCAAUGACAGUAGAAGGUGAAUUACCAGAUGAGUUUAUAGAAAAAGUAGAAUUAAAUGGAAAACCAUAUUUCAAUAGAAGUAAUUCAUUUACAAUUGAAUAA